CUUCUUCUUGAUGAUACUAAGCUGUUGAUGGCACAUGUGUAUGAUGCUGCACAUGCGUAGCUUGUUGUAGAUAUGAAUGGUGAUAUGCAUGUCGUUGAAGGUGUGAAGGUUGCAGUUGUAGGUAUGUUGGUUGUAGUACAGGCUGCUGUAGGCCUGCAGGUUGCUGUAGAUAUGAUGGUUGCUGUAGAUAUGAUGGUUGCUGUAGAUAUGAUGGUUGCUGUAGAUAUGAUGGUUGUUGUAGAUAUGCUGGUUGUUGUAGAUAUGCUGGCUGAUGUAGGCCUGCAGGUCGCUGUAAAUAUGACUGCUGUUGUAGAUAUGAUGGUUGUUGUAGGUUUGAAGGUUGCUGUACAAAUUGUAGCAAUUGUUGUGAUGAAAGUGCGGGAAGGUCCAAUAUCUGCAAUGAAUCUGCAACCUUCCCCAACAUUCCAAAGUAAGUCACUCUAAGUGUCGCAACAUACUGGUGGAGAGGAGAUAUCCCCAGACAUUCCUUGAGACGAGGGUGUAGACCAGAGAAUGACUGUAGAACUUCAGUGUCUGGAGCAGUGAAUGAGGGAAGAGAGAAUAACUUCUUUCCCUCCUCCUUCCUCUUGGAAAAUAGUUCUGAAAAUCAACAACUG